GUGUGGUUAACAAGCAAACCCUAACCUUGUUGACGGCGGCGAUGGACGCGGAGCUCGAAUCGGAGCUUGGUGGUGAGGACUGCAUCGGCCACAAGAGGGUAGAUCCGGCGCGAUUCUCCGGCGGCGGUGAUGCCAAGAGGACGCGCGAGGGCAACAACGACCUCGACCGCUCCUCUGUGGAGAUGGAUGACGACGACGACGACGAGGACUGCUCAUCGCCGGAGAAUACCCUCGACCACUAUCGCAAGUUUUGGAUGGACUCGUAUGGCAGCAGCUACUCCUUCGAGGACGAGACUGAAUUUCGUCCCAUGGCCCACACCGACGGACCGAUGCUGCCCCUUCAUGUUGAUCCCAUGCACACUAUGCAGAUCUUCUCCGUGAAGGUGACUCACAUCAGCAGCGCCCUCCAGUGGCCUCUCGAUGUCUAUGGACUUGUUGCCGUGCGUGACUCCAUGGAUCAUAAGCGCAACAUCCUCUUCCGGCGUUGCAGGGAUGAAUGCCAGACCCUCACAUCGCUGCAGGAUUCACUAUUGGAACUUACAGGCCCAAGCCGCGCUGUUCUGCUGUUGGACUGCCCUGCUUUUGAGAUUGACCUCAAAGUGAAGAGCAAAGAAUCAUCAUCGCAAGACAAGACUUUAAGUUACUACGCCUUUAUAUACAACAACUAUGCUUACCAUGGCAACGCCAGCUACGCCAUGACAGAGGUGGUGCCUAGCGAGCACAGCACGAUGGAGGUCAGGUUUGCUCAUCUUCCAAAUGCUGUUGAGGCGACCAUCACUGUCCGUGUUGUCAAGGGAUCGAAUGGUUUCAAGGCGUGCUUUACCGCUCGCACUGAGAGCAUUGAGGAUGAUAUGGUGCUUCUGGACUCCAAGUCUGCAAAUGUGGCUGUUGACAACAGUGGACUUGUUGUAUUGCAGCGCAAUGUUGUUGUCGUGGAGGAGAAGGGCAAACUGAUUCUUGGUGUCAAGGCUGCACAAGCUGAUGGUGCUGUGGGGACUGAAGGUGUUGUUGCCAAGCAGAGAGCGUUCUGUGCAAGGUCCGCUUUGAGAAGUGAAGACUAUUUCGAUCUUGGCUUUAGCAGGCUGCAUGUCGUGAUCGCGUGGUCAAUGCUUCCAUAACUCACGGUUUCAAAGCAGCCAUCUUAGUAGGUAUGGUAUGAUAAUUACCUCGUGACUAGUAGUACCAUGUAUGACUUGUGAACCACACGUUGUGCGGCUCAGAGGGACUAUAAAAGAAGGACACUGCCGGGGAUUCUCGGGAUGAUAAAUUCGUUCCAGACUCCUGCUU